UUUCCCGUAUUUAGGUGUACCGUUUGGAGCCGCCAUGUUUGUGUGAGUCGGACUUCCUCAUAAUUUUGUUUCUCCGCACACCGCCCGCAUAUUCCCGCUAUUUCCUGCCGAAAGGUGCCUUCUUAUUCAUCCUUCCUUGGCGGAAACUUCAAGAAUUACUUCAGAGGGAUACAAGCGGGUCAAUUUUGCCGAAAUUCGGAAGAGAAUUGGUAGAAAAACUCGAAGGGGGAGGUGUGCAAACAGAGAAAAGUUCAGUUGGCCAAGAUGGCAGCAAACUUCGACUCCAGAGAUAAGAAUCAGUGGUACUUUGGCGGGAUAACUCGGGACGAAACGGAACGUUUGCUGUUGGGAAGGAUGCACGGGUUGUUCCUGGUCAGGGACAGCAGAACUAGACCCGGGGAUUACGUCUUGUCGGUGAGUGAAAAUAACAGAGUCAGUCACUACAUCAUCAACAAGCAGCCAAACGGUUUCGAAAUCGGCGACCAGGAUUUCGUGGACCUCCCGUCUCUCCUGGACUUCUAUAAGAUUCACUACCUGGACACGACCACGUUGGUGGAACCUUGUCCGAAGAACGCGCCGGCCCCACCCCAGAUCAACACGCCCCCUCCCAUCAUCCCUCAGCAACCCCUGUACGAGAGGACGACGCCACAGCAGGAACAGGUACGCGGCAUCUUUGACUUCCCCGGAAACGAUCCCGAAGACCUGCCGUUCAAAAAGGGCGACAUUCUUACCAUAAUCAGAAAGGACGAAGAGGAGUGGUGGAUGGCCCGCAACUCGACUGGACAGGAGGGUCAGAUCCCCCGGCCGUAUGUCGAGCGGUACACCCCUACGAGCGCAACGGCGCGCUACGGACAGCUGAACAUUCCCGUGAAGGCUCGCGUGAUCCAGCAGAGGAUACCUAACGCGUACGACCAGACUGCGCUGAAGCUCGAGGUCGGAGACAUUGUCACGGUCACGAAAAGAAACCUUAACGGCCAAUGGGAGGGGGAACUGGACGGCAAGGUUGGACACUUCCCCUUCACGCACGUGAAAGUCAUUGACCCAAACGACCCAGACGACAAUGAGGUACCAUCGUGAAAAACACGGACAGUUAGUCAGAAACUAAAUAUCAAAAGUAACUGCCACUCUCCUGACUAAGCGUCAUGUAUUUCUAUUAGUAAUCUACUGGUACGACUGAAUUGAAAAUUGCAGCAAAUUUUGUAUUAAUACAUCAGUCAUAUAAUUUUAUUCAUAUCAAUAAUACUGUGAAUUGCAUCGAUUUGCAGAUAACUUGUACAUAUGUGCUAUGUAAGCCUUUUCAUGAUUAUUUCAAAUACUGUAAUAUCUGAUUCAAGAAAAAUUGUAAUAUUCCACAGGUUACUUAAUUCCAUACCUUUAUCUUAUGUAAGAUUGUAUGAGAAAAGAGGUAAUAUUUCUGUAUAAUUGGAAUUAUUAUAUAUGCAUUUUUUGCUACUAUGAAGUAUAUAAAAAUGUAUUCUUGGGACACACUGAAUAUACUUGCAGUAGAAUAUUUCUAUAACCAGAUACAUUCAUUUGUAAUUUGAACUUGUCUGCUAUGUAGACUUAUGUAGUAGUACACGGUGCACUCUUCCAAGCUUGCAGGACACAGCACUAGACUGUAAGGAGUUUAGCUACCUCAUAUGCUGAGAUUAAGAUCUAGUUCUAUACAGUCAGUAGUAAGUACAAAAGCCCAACAAUAAGUAAAAAAAUAGUGAUGUUUUCUUAUUUUUUCCACUGCAGAUUUCACAAUCUUUGGAAGGUUUAGAAGUGAGAGAUAGUUUUUUGGAAGACUGCAACUGGUUCCUGACAUUAAAGUACCAAAAUUAGUAAGCGUUUUUGCAGGUCCAAUUCUGAUCCCAUGUUCUGGUAUGCAGCACUAACUCUACCCCUCUCUUGUACACACGACGUAUGCAUUCAUAGCAGCGCGGCAAGUCUAGUUCAGUAGUGACUCUGACAAUCAGACAAUGAUGAAGUACAUUUGUGAUUUGGAGUCAUGGGAGAGGUCUCACUCUAUAGGAGAAAUUCUUGGAGGCGGUACUCAAACCUUCACAGUUCUGACAGAUUUGCUAAGCCCUUUCCACCCCUUGAAUACUUCCCGACAGGACAAUGGGGGCUUCUAUGCACUUCCAUUUGUGUCACCUCUUGUUCUUUUCACAUCCUGCCGACGGACGCCAUUGUUGUGCUAAUACGGAGUAAUUUAAUUAAACUCCGUGCCUGCCUUCCAAUAGCGCUUGUGAAAGAGAUGGCCAGGGGUCUCGAGAGGUCAUAGUCAAAUCUCUGGGAUCUCGGUAAAUUUGGCCGGGUUGACAACUUUGCUGGGAAAAUAACAGUAUUUACUUCGGUUAGGACUCUAGGAGGUGUGAUGGGCUUAGGCCAUGUUGAUUUGAUUAUAUGGAUGACAUCACACUGGAACCCCAAAACUGGUGCGAGCGUGCAAAUAAAAAAAAGUUUGGCCAAAAAAAAACACUUGCCUUCUUUAUGAAAUUUAAGUGGUCAGGAAUGUUAAGAAAUGAGUGAACUCACAGAAUAUGGUACAUACCAAACAAUAGUCUUCAUUUUGUUCUUUCACAUCUUCACAAUUCAAACCUUUAAAAUGACCUUUUUGACAUCCUACAACGUUUAUUUCAUAUUUGUUUUCCGACUUUUUUUUUUUGCAAUCUGAGGCUUAUAUAUGCUCAUUUUGCAGCUGCUUUAUAUGAUUUACAGUAUAGUUGAAAACUUUUUUUUUCUUUGGAAAUGUCCAAAAAUUGAUACGCGUGCGGAUGUCAACCAUGUAAUCAAAUCAACAUGGCCUUACUGGAACAAGAAUGUGGUCUACAUUUCAAUAGGGUAAUGUUGGGCCUUUUGAUUAGCAUUCAAGGCCAAUGCUGUAUUCUGAUAAGGUCAAAAUUGGCAACACCAAUUUUAUUUCUUGUUUCUUGAAUUUUUUCAGAAAAAAAAUUGGGAUUUGUCGGUUACAAAAAAAAAUUAAUUUUUUUUUUUACAAAAAGUCAGGAGAGAUCGAGGGCUUACUCAAGUUACACAACAGAAAUAACAACAUUUAGGGGGUCCUUGGAAGCAAAGUUUGAAGAAAAUGAUAAAUGUACCGUUCAAAAUAGGCAUGUACAGCUACUGGAAUUUGUGGCCCAUAGUUAAUUUGAGAAAAUAGGCUAUGAAAUUUUGCCAACACAUGGUGUGGCCAUCAAUUUGAAAAGUUUUUUUUUUUUU